GGACCUCCGGUACAACAGAAUUAAGGUGCUUCCUUCCGGGAUCGGAGCCCACAGGCAUUUGAAAACUCUGCUUUUAGAAAGAAAUCCUAUCAAAAUGUUACCUGUGGAGCUGGUUUUUUUUCUCCACUGCAGGGAGUGUAACCACGCUGAAAGCACUGAACUUAAGACACUGCCCUCUGGAAUUCCCUCCGCAGCUCAUUGUGCAGAAGGGAUUGGUGGCUAUCCAGCGCUUCCUGCGGAUGUGGGCAGUAGAACACUCUCUCCCCAGAAAUCCAGCUUCUCAAGAGGCUCCACCGGGUAAAGAGAUGACCCUCCAUGACCUCCCGAGCCCAGGAUCAGAGUUGUCCGGAGGCCACGCGUCUAACGAAGGAGCUGUGAACGCUCAGGGCCCAGAGGGGGCUGUGAUGAAAGAGAAGGCCGGCUUUCUGCCGCCUGUGGAAAAGCCAGACCUGAGUGAGCUCAGGAAGUCCGCUGACUCCUCAGAGCACUGGCCCAGCGAGGAGGAGAUCAGACGCUUUUGGAAGCUGAGGCAGGAGAUUGUUGAGCACGUGAAGGCAGACACUCUGGGAAAUCAGCUUUUACCAAGGGAAUUACCUCCAAAUCUCAAGGCGGCCUUGAACAGUGAGAAAGAACUGCCAAAGCCAAGACACGUUUUCAGAAGGAACAUGGCCUCCUCCACGGACAUCUUACCCGACCUCUUGUCACCGUACCAAAUGGCGAUCCGAGCAAAAAGACUGGAAGAGAGCCGAGCGGCGGCGCUCCGAGAGCUCCGGGAGAAGCAGGCUCUGAUGGAGCAGCAGAGACGAGAGAAAAGGGCACUGCAGGAGUGGAGAGAGCGAGCCCAGAGGAUGAGGAAGAGGAAGGAAGAGCUCAGCAAACUCCUGCCUCCGAGGAGGAGCAUGGUGGCAUCAAAGAUUUCCUCUGCCACAGAUCUCAUAGAUAACGGGAAAGUGCUACUGAAUCCACUUAGAAAAAUGAAACCAAGCAAAAAGAAAUUACCACGAGCAAGUCAAGAAAUGAGUACCCUCCAGGAGGGAGAUUUAGAAGAGAAGAUAAAACAGCACAUCCACCAGAUGCAUGAGCGAAGAUUCCAUGGCCCAGCCCCGCUGGAGGAGAUGAGAAAGGCUGCCAAGGAUCUGGAAAUUUCCAGUAAUCACGCUCCUUGGUGUUUACCCAAAGGAAAUGAAAACUUACGUCUACACCAAAACCCGCACAUAGAGAUAGCAGCUUUUUUCAUAAUUGCCAAAACUUGGAAGCACCCAAGAUGUCCUUCAGCAGGUGACUGGAUAAACUGGAACAUCCAGACAGUGGAACAUUGCUUAGCACUGGAGGGAAACGAGCCAUCAGCAAUGAGAAGACACAGGGGAGCCGACACGCCAGCGUGAAAAGGCCGUACACAGAUGGAGAUGGUGAAGGGAUCGUGGUGACCGGGUGGGGGUAGUAGGAUACUGAGGGGUGAAUCAGCAGAACAUAAAGGGUUUUAGGGCAGUAAAACUACUCUCCGUGAUGCUGUAUUGUUGGAUCCACGUGGUGAUACGUCUGUCUGAGCCCCACGAACUGUGCCACCCCACACGUGAGCCCGCGUGUCGGCUGUGGACUCGGUGGUGGAAACUGUGUCCAUGUGCGUGCAUCAGGUGUACCACUCCGGUGCGGGAUGGAGGCUGCGCUAAAAAAAUCAAGUCCUGGUUUUUUAAAGUCUGCUUGGAAAUCUGAAACCUGAGAGCUGGCUCUUGUGUCCCCCACGGUUCUCCUGUGCUCCCCUGCCCUGGUUACACGCAGAGGAGGGGGGUCGUGAGACAAAAGAGAAUGAGCCAGAAGGACACUGUGGCAGUUGAUCUCAAAUGCCUACCCCAGGCCACGCCUGUCUCUUCAUUGACUUUCAUGCCACCUUAGGAGGAAGGCACUGCCACCCAUUUCACAGGUCAGAAAAUAAGACUCACAGAAGUGCCGUAACUGGCCCCACGGUGACACUGUGAAUGGUGGAGCUUUCCAUCCAACCUGGGUAUGUCUGAAUACAAAGCCAAGGUCCAAAUGCUGCACUGUCUUCUUGGGGACAUGAAUUGCCACAAAUUCACCUUGUGCUUUAAUACUUGUUUCGUGUUUUUCUGUGAUUAAAAAAAAUUCAUGUGAAGUUCUUGAUGAAGGGUUCAGGUCACCAGCACCGGCUCCUGUCAUGUGCCAACUCCAAGUUACUGCCAAGAUGCAAGGAGGGAUGUGCUGUGUCACCCUGCCCAGGAGACAGGGACAUGAACACCCGCUAACUUUCCAUGACAGGCUUCUGCAGCGCUGGAGCCCACAGGAUGCCCAUGGGGUGGUUCCCUUCGUUUCACUCCUGGCUGGGAGAGCCAGAGGAAGGGGUUUUAAAACUCCUAAGAAUGAGUUGGGAAGCAGCUGAUCCUGCCCUGGAGGAGGUGAACUGUGUUGAGACAGGUGGUGGUGGCUGUCCACAAGCUUCAGCCAUCCUUCUCCUCUGUCCCACUGCCUCUCACAGAGGACCAGGUGGGUGGGCGGGGCAGGGGAGAAGGGACCCUCUGAGACAGUCCAGAACAGUGUGGCAGGCGUCCGUGCCACCUGAUGGCCUCAUUUUUAGGAAACAAUCUUAAUUAUAGUUUUUUCUGAAAUUUGCCUUCUGAGCACCUGGACCUCCUGUAGGCUCAGUCCAUUUCAAAUGACCCUCCCUUUUUCUGCUGUCUACACAGGCCCACUAGCAAAAAAGAAAGUGCUGUGUUCUUUAGACUCAGUAGGGAACCUAUUUGUAUAAUCCUGGCAAGACGAUCAUGCUGGCCCUCCCUGCAGGUGAAGCCUCGGGCUUUGCCGGAAGAGUGUGUCUUUCCUUAGAGCUGGGGCCCCCAGGCAGGGCCUGAGCAAACCCUGCAGCAGCAUUAGAGACCAGUCCUGGCUCCGUGGCUGUGCAGCCCGCCAGCCUGUAUGGAGGCGGGCACGCACGUGCCUGAGACAGCUGGCAUGUUCCAGGCAGACAACCAUCUAAGUUCACACUACACCUCUAGAAGCAGACAGUCUCGUUCUGCCGGCUUCUUCCCUGGCCCCUCGUGUUUCCUUCAAGGCCUCUGCGCAGUGCCGUGCAUGGCGUAGCACUAGCGAGGAGUCCUCGGUGACAUGGCGUGCGUCGGAGCACCCCCCAACACCCCGUGCGCCCUGGAGCCUGGCCUGUGGGAGAAGGGGAUGCCAAAUGGGGGAAGUAGGAGGGGCUGGAGUCCAGCCCAUGAGCCAGGAGCUUGCGUUUGAUUGGAGGGCCAGGAUGGACGGGUCAGGGGGGAGAGAGAAGAAAGCCCAGAGGGAUGAAAAAGAGAUGCUGAAAACAAACCAGCCAACAGACGUGGCCCUUCCAGGUCAACACGGCCCAUUCUGCACAUAGAUUUAUCUCCACUCUGCCCAGAAGCCACCAGAAUGACAGGAGAGGGAGCAAAAACGACCUUCACUCCUCAGGAUGAGAAAAUGGAGAGGAGCCUGCCCUCUUGUCAGGAGGCUCCCCCUUCCCCGUGGUCUUUCCUGUAAUAAUAGAGCCUCACGUCUCAGCUGGGCACGGGCUGCCCCACAAAUGGCCACGUUUCUCUACCUCCCUUGCAGCCAGACGUGGGCCUGUAGCUCUAUUCCGGCUGGCAGGAUGUGAGCGGAUGAGCAUGGACUUCCUGAGCUUUGUCCUCUCCCUUCCUGGCUGGAAUGCAAACAUGAUGGCCAGAGCAGGGGCAGCCACCUCAGCCCUCAGGUGGAGGCCGUGGGCCAGGGCUGCAGAGCCAGUGUGCAGUAGUCUGUCCCUGGUGCGGGUGCUGUCCUCUGAGACACACUGCUCCACCUGGUCUCAGUUGCUGUCGUCUGGGGGCUGGCAGGCGAGCCCUGUCCUCACACACGGAGGCCCGGGCGAUUUUGCACGAAGGAAGCCCCCUAGUGGUGCAACGUGAAGGGCCUGCCGAACAAAAUGCCAGCAAAGAUGCAAGGUGAUGCAGCCCCAGAGCACAGGAAGACAAAACCAACCACAGAGGGAUUGGAAGCGGAGGCCGGGGCACGGUGGCGCAGGCCUGCUGUCCCAGCGCUUUAGCAGGCUGAGGUGGGUGGAUCACCUGAGGUCAGGAGUUCGAGACCAGCCUGGCCAACAG